UUCCUUGCUUUGCGUGCUUUUAAUAGGAGACUGUCAAAGUGGCGCCAAUUUAGGGCGCCAAAUGAUAUAAAUAAUAACUUUCAUAGAAAAUAUAUGCGUAAAAAUUAUGAGAAAUCUAAAACGCUAUUCAAAAAUAUAUUUUGAGAUAACCUACAUAUACGCAAGAUAUAUUUAUCCAUUAAGAUGAGUUCAAAUGAAGAAAUGUUUCUUGUUAUUAUUGGUGACGAAGACUAUCAGGUGCCUGAUGAUUUAAAAGAAGUUGUAGAACAAAGUGAUUCAAAUAUGGAGAUUGGUGAAAUUAUAGAAGAACAACAAAUUGAAGAAGAACCAUGUACCUAUGAAAUUCAAGUAGAAAAUGAAGAUGACUUAAAUAAUGAAGAAAAUGUAAAUCAAGAAGGAUAUAAUUAUGAUGAAGAAAUUGUUGAUGAAGGAAUAAUCGUAGAGGAACCAGUUUAUGAAGAUUCAGAAAAGACAGAUGUUGUCAAUGGUGAUAUAAUAAAUGAAAGGAUAAUACUAGACCAACCUUAUGAAGUUGAACUAGAAGAAAUGAAAGAAGAUGAAAAUAAUUCAACAAAUAAUCAAGAAAUAAUUAUCGAAGGUUUAGAUGAAAAUAGUAUACUGCAGCUGCAAAAUGGAGAACUACAAUUAGAGGAUGGAGAUGGACAGCACUAUUUAAUACAAGAAGAGAAUGGACAGUAUGUUCUUCAAGAAUCAUCUAAGUACAAUAUAGUUGAAAUAAAUGGUGAACAAGUGUUAGUACAAGAAGUUGAAGAGACAGAUGAACAUACCAAUAAAAACAAUUCAAAUGUUCAAUAUGUUAUACAACAAGAUACUCAAGGAUCAAGCGAUGAUGAGUUUGCAAGACCAAAAAGGAAACAAGAAAGACCACCGAGGCCACAUCAGGUUUCUUCAUAUGUGCAAGAGUUGAAAGAAACUUACCCAGAGUUGAAUGACGAAGAAAGAUUGAUUUCAACUUUAGCAGAAAUUAUGAGAACAAUUAAACCGCCACCUCUUCCUGAUAAUUUUUGUGUCAUGAAUGGCAUUAUGUUUGAGUGCAAUUCGUGUGGCAAAUUCUUUAACAGUAUGCCAGAGGCAGCUCGUCAUUUUCAAUACUACCAUGGCGAGCGAUAUCUCAUAUGUUUUGCAUGUGGAGCAGAUUUUAGAAACCCCACAAACUUAUACAAACAUGAGAAAGGUUGCACCAUGUAUCCCGACAUCAUCUCAGUUUUGAAGGCGCGCUCGAGACAUCUUAGCAGCAAAGGACGUAAUCGGCCCUACUUUUCUAAAUCACAUGAAAUCAGAAUUGAAAAUAACAGAUUCCUGUGCAGCCAGUGUCCUGCAUCAUUCGGUACGCGGUCAGGCCUAGACGCGCACGAGCACGAGCAUGCGGGAGACAGGCCUUACCUUUGCGCCUUCUGCGUCUGCGCAUACACUUCACCUUCUGCUCUGUCGCGUCACAUGCGCAAACACCGCGGCGAGAUGUUAGUUUGUGAGCAAUGCGGCAAGCGACUCAGUACUAGGAACGCCCUUGACGCACACAUGUUGACGCACCAACCUGCCCUUCGAAGAUACCUAUGUCCGGAGUGCCCGAAGCGUUUCUCGCAGAAGAGCAGUCUUCAGCUGCACCUCGAACGCCUUCAUCGUGACUUGCCCCCACCAUGCGCCUGUCAACUGUGUCCGGCCAGGUACCCCCGUAUGUCGCAACUUAGACAACACAUGAAGGAAGUUCACGGAAUGCUACUCAUGACGCAAAAGAUGUUCUACAAAUCGUUGCCAAGAUUAACUCCGUCUCAAGUAGAGCAAGCGAAAGUGGUACUCAAAUCAGAGGUCGAAAAAUAUCCAAGAUAUGUCAUUGAAAAAUCGCUUUGAUAUUAGCACUAAGCGGGCGUCACGAGAGGGGUAUAAUUCUCAGGCCCGUAUUCUAAAUCAUGACACGUUAUUUCUGAUUCCGAUGUUCCAACUUUUGCUUUUAUUCAAUAUCAUUAAAUAAGAAAUUACAAUAUGUUGUAUACGUCAUUUACGUUUACGUUUAAAGUAGCAUGCGUGAAAUAUUAACGAAUAUUAAUUUAUUAAAAAUCAAAAAUAUUUCACUUAAUUUUUGCUCCCCUUAUAUCCACAGUACGCUAGUUAAAUGUACUUUUCUAAGUAUUUUCGGCUCUUUUUGUCCAAUUAUGUUUACUAUGAUGAAGAGAGACAUUUAUAUAAAUAAUUUUUUUUAUAUAAUAUACCACAUCUAAUUAGCUUUAGAUUAUAAUUUUAUUUAAUCACAAUGCAAUCUAAAAACCCUUGGAGAAAAUGUCUAUGGUAAUUUAAAAAAAAUUAAAUUCUUUAUACAAUUGUCUUUAUUUCGUCGUAAUUAAACAUUUUUACUAAUUAACUUACGGGUUGGUAAAUCGGAAUUAGGUUUGCAAAAAUUCAAAGGUAGUUCUUGAAUUGUAUUAUUUUUAAUAUCUUUAAAAUAAAAGGCUAUAUGAAAGGAAAGUAUGAGCUUUUAAAGAUAAAAUAAUUAUCAAGCUUAGUCUCUAAAAUGUAUUACAAUUAAUACGUAUUUAGUACAUCAGCCAACGUAAAAAAAAUAUAUUUUUUGUGUUUCAUUUAAUUAUCCAAAACCUUACCUUAUGUUCUUAAAUAUAUUCGUACAGACAGUUACAAUUUAUGUAUAUAUAGAGAAUUAUGCCCCAAGUGAAAGAGAUAGAAGAGAGAAAGGGCACCAUUGUGCAUUAAAUGUUGAACUUUAUUAUGAUUUUGUAUGUUUUUUAGAAUUAAUAAAGUAUAUUAAAUAUUGAGUUUUGGUAUAUUUUUCUUAUGUAUUGCAAAUUUUAAGAAAAUAUCGUAUCUAAUUGUCAAUAAUAUAAGCUGUGAAUUUAGAUUAUAUAUUAUAUACAGUUUCCGUCUACAGUACAGAUGAGUCCUGUAAAAAACCUUAGAAUAUUCUCUAUCAGCAUAGUCUGUAUACAUAUUCAUAAUCGAGUAAAAACAUCAAAUAAACAUAAAUUAAAGAUGUCGUGACGCCCACAAAUAAUCUUAUUAAAUGUAUGUAAGGGACCAAAGGUAUAUUUAGUCUCAUUAAUUAUUCUCUACUACUUCAAACCCUUUAAAAUUAAUAAGGCAAAGCUUUUAGUUUUUUUCACAUUACACAACUUAGUAUUUAGAAAUAUAAUUCUAUAUGUUAUAUUUUUAAGGUAUUGUAAUAGACAUUUCUGCGUCUGUUUCAUUGAUGUUUUUUUACGAUGUUAUUGUUUCGCAGUUAGCUGUGACCACAGAGAAUGUAAACCCAUUUAAACAGUAAUAAAACUGUCAUCACCUAUACAUUGCAUGAAGUUAACACAUUCCCAGAAUGGUUAGUUAACCAUUAUAAUAUUUAAAAACCCAUUAAUGUCUGUCUAUAAUUAAGUAAUAAAGUAUAUUAAAUGUUUAUUUAAGCAGAUCCCCGAUUAGUUACGUAACAGUUACUUUUACAUUAAAUUGUAGUUAAUUUAAAUAUCGUUUCCGGUUAUACUUAACUUGGAGAUAUUAUUUUAGAAGGUAACUAUUUUUAUUAUAGUUGAAUUUUAUUUUUAGUUUGUAUGGUUUUCCUUUGGAUAUAUUGAUUUGUACCGUAGUAGUAGUUAAACAUGAGUAUUUUUCGCAUGAACAAUUCUUACCAAUGUAAAUAUAGAGUAUAUUGCUUUCAGCUAAAACGGCACAAUUUAAUGUCAUGUCCUGUAGU